AUUCUCCACUCUUCUUCUUCCCAUAGUCCACCCCCACAGUUUCAUCUUUUCGUCUCUGCAUUCUCUUCUUCUCUCUUCUGUGCAGGGGUUGAGCUUGCCGAUCAGUUGCUUCUCUUUUUCCUCAUUGACAAUGACUCAUAUCCUUUAAUCCAUUGGUUUUUCCACCUGGGCUUUGGUUUAGUAUUGUUUGAUUCUCAAAGAUGUAGUUUUUUUGUUUGCCAAUUGUGAUGCUAUCUUGUUUGUUCUUAACAUGUUGCUCACGCGGUAAUCAAAGAGAUAGAGAUCGUGAGAGGGCUCAGGCAAGAGCAAACAGCAAGUCCAAGCAGCCGAAGAACGAUGGAUUGACUCCUGAACAACGCCGUCAAAGAGACGCAAAGGCACUGCAAGAAAAGACAGCAAAGAAGGCGGCUCAGUCGGCGGCUGGAGAGAAUAAUGCUGGAGGAGGUAAAACUAAGAAGUAAUGCUGCAGGGAAUAAUAAAGGGUAGUGUUAAUAUGUCAAUUGGGAAUGUGCUUGUACUUGGGGGAUCACAUCCGGGUAUAUUUUGCUUUCUUGAGUUGUGUCCAUGUCUUUCUCAAACUAAGCAAAUAGUUUGUUGUAUAGUUAAUUGGCAUUGAUGUUGACUCUUGAACUUUUAUCUGAUUUCGAAUGGAGCGCAUUCCCCAUGUAGCAUAUUGCAGUUGAUGCUUUGUUUACUUUUUCCUCUUCUUUUUCUUCUGCAUUAUUUUGCAUUAAUUGUUCAUGUUCUUAUUAUAAUGGAUUUUAUGUUUAGCAUGAGUUGUCCUUUUAUGAGCAUUGUAUAUCUAUGUACCUCCAAUGUUUAGUUGUCUUUCUAUGUUGUUUCAAAAUCUUGAAAGGGUUCCAGUGCUUGAUUUGAAUAUCCUGCAUGGGUGAUUUUGAUGAUUUCCUAGUAUAUUGUUAUGCAUAUCCUUUUUCCUAUGGUUAUCCUUGUUUCCAGUCAAAUUCUCCUUCCUCACUACCUGCAUCCUACAUGUUGUUUUAACUUCUGUGAUCAUUGAUGCCUACCAUCAUUUACACUUCCCAAGAGAAGCAGUUUCAUCUAGGCGUUUGUGUUGUAUUUUCAUUGGUUAUCAAUGUUAUUUCUUUGAUAUGUACACAAGCUUCUUGGCUAUCUCAUGCACUUGUAC